AUGAUUUCUACAACUACAAGACCGUUGACCCUUGCGCACGGUAAAAUCGAGCAUUGUCUGUCGGUACCCACUGGAGUGUUUUUGACUGCGUCGCAGUUGCAGGUAGCUUUUUCAAAGACUUUAGAUGCUCCAACAGAGGGAUAUGCGUCGGAUAACGAGCCUGCAUCUCCAGCGGAGCUGCUAGCUAAGUUCAUUGGAUAUGUUGCAUCGUUGGUUGUUCCAGAGAAUGAGUGCGACUACAACGAUGUACUGCGGGUUGCGUUAGGCGACUUUGAGUCUACAUAUAUGAGGGGUGAUGAAGUCCAUACUUUGGCCGCAGCGCUCUUGGUUGAUGAGGAAUACCCCACAACCUUGGCCAAAGUGAAGGAUUUGAUUAAGGACUAUUUGUAUGCUAGAGGUCAGGCAAAGGUUCCUUUUGUUAAGUCUGAUUCUGCGUUGUUUCGCAGCGCCGCUUCAAAAGACGCCCAGCUGGUGGCGAUCUUUGGAGGCCAGGGGAAUACUGAUGACUACUUUGAGGAGUUGAGAGAACUGUAUCACAUGUACCGGUCGCUUGUUUCCGACGUGGUGGAUAUUGCUGCUGAUCAUGUGACUCAGCUUGUGAGAUCUGUGGAUAGUGCGGAGAAGGUAUACAAUAAAGGUUUCGAUUUCAAGCAGUGGUUGCAGCAUCCAGAGCGCACUCCGGACAACGACUAUUUGUUGUCCAUUCCUAUUUCUUGUCCUUUGAUUGGUGUGAUACAGUUGGCGCACUAUGCGUUGACUGCCAGGAUAUUGGGUUUCACUCCUGGAGAAUUGAGAUCCCACAUGGUGGGUGCUACUGGUCACUCGCAGGGUUUGGCCACUGCAAUUGCGAUUGCCGAAGCUGAUUCUUGGGAUUCCUUUUUUAUGUCAUUAAAGAAAAACAUCUCUCUAUUAUUUUUCAUUGGUUUACGUUGUUACCAAGUUUACCCUAAAACGUCAUUAUCGCCAACCAUUGUAGAGGAUUCCGUUGAGAAUGGCGAAGGUGUUCCUUCUCCUAUGUUGUCCAUUUCCAACUUGACCAGGGAACAGACGCAAGCCUUUGUAGAUAAGACCAAUGCUCACUUACCUCCUAAGAAGCAUAUCGUGAUUUCAUUGAUUAACGGUGCUAGAAACUUAGUUAUUUCUGGUCCUACACAAUCACUAUACGGUUUAAACGUCGCCUUAAGAAAGGCCAAGGCACCUCCUGGAUUAGAUCAAUCCAGAAUUCCACACAGCGAGAGAAAGUUGAAGGUUACUAACAGGUUUUUGCCUGUUGCAUCUCCAUUCCACUCACACUUAUUGCUCGGCGCUAAUGAGUUAAUCAAGAAGGAUUUGUCUGAUAGAGGAAUAGAAUUCCAUCAAUCCGACCUGAAAUUGCCAGUGUACGAUACAUUUGAUGGCCAUGAUUUAAGAACACACGAGGGUUCUAUCUCUGAGAGAGUCGCUUUAUGUAUUACCCAGCUACCGGUCAACUGGGAAAAAGCCACUAAAUUCAAUGCAACUCAUAUCUUGGACUUUGGUCCAGGAGGCUCUUCAGGCUUAGGUGUUUUGACCUACAGAAAUAUGGAUGGUACUGGUAUUCGCAUUAUCAUUGCUGGUGCAAUGGGUAAUAACAAUGCGGAAGACGAUUAUGGAUUCAAGGAAGAGUUGUUUGAUAGGAGGGAAACUGGCUUGAAGUUUGCACCAAAUUGGUUAAAGGAAUACCAUCCAAAGUUGGUCAAAACCAAGAAUGGAAAAAUAUAUGUCGAUACCAAGUUCUCUAGAUUAUUGGGAAGAGCUCCACUUUUAGUUCCAGGUAUGACACCUACUACUGUGUCGCCAGACUUUGUUGCUGCCACGCUUAAUGCAGGAUAUCAUAUUGAAUUAGCUGGUGGUGGUUACUUUUCUCCAGAUGGUAUGACAAAGGCCAUUGAAGACCUUAUUUCCAAAACUAAGAAAGGUACUGGUAUUGGCAUUAACUUGAUUUAUGUUAACCCAAGAAUGUUGCAAUGGGGUAUUCCUUUGAUAAGAAACCUCAUAGCGAAGGGAUAUCCAAUUCAGUCCUUGACUAUUGGUGCUGGUGUUCCAUCUUUGGAAGUUGCAAGUGAAUAUAUUACAACUUUAGGGCUUUCUCACCUAGGUUUAAAACCUGGUUCCCUUGAUGCUAUCUCACAGGUGAUUGCCAUCGCAAAGGCUCAUCCAAAUUUCCCAAUUGUCUUGCAAUGGACUGGUGGCCGUGGUGGUGGGCAUCACUCUUUUGAAAACUUCCAUAGUCCAUUAUUGCAAAUGUAUGCCAAGAUCAGAAGGCAAUCAAAUAUUAUUCUAAUCGCAGGAUCUGGGUUUGGUUCUGCUGAAGAUACUUAUCCUUACCUAACUGGUGAAUGGUCCACGAAAUUCAAUUUCCCACCAAUGCCAUUGGACGGUUUCUUGUUUGGAUCUAGAGUCAUGAUUGCAAAGGAAGCCAAAACCUCCCCUGCAGCAAAGCAAGCAAUUGCUGCAUGUCCUGGUGUUCCAGAUGAAGAAUGGGAAUCUACAUACAAGAAGCCUACUGGUGGUAUUGUUACGGUGCGCUCAGAAAUGGGUGAGCCAAUCCACAAAAUUGCAACAAGAGGUGUUAUUUUAUGGAAGGAGCUAGAUGAUACAAUUUUCAAGCUUCCAAAGAAUAAGCUACAAGAAGCUUUGGACGCAAAGAGGGACUACAUUAUUUCUAAACUAAACUCUGACUACCAGAAGCCUUGGUUUGCAACCGUUGAUGGUCAGAUUCGCGACCUUGGUGACAUGACUUAUGAGCAAGUUACAAGAAGAAUGGUUGAAUUAAUGUACAUUAAAUCUAGAAAGGAGUGGAUUGAUGUCACUUUAAGGAACUUUACUGGUGAUUUCAUUCGUAGAAUCGAAGAAAGAUUCACAAAGAAAUCCACUGAAUCAUUAAUUCAAUCUUACAAUUUGUUAAACGAGCCUGAAAAAGCCUUGAACACUAUUUUUGAGGCAUACCCCGCUGCUAAGACACAAUUUGUUAAUGCACAGGAUGUCGACUAUUUCCUCGAAUGUGCUCAAAGACCAUCACAGAAGCCUGUUCCUUUUGUUCCUGUUUUGGAUCACAGAUUUGAAUUCUUCUUUAAGAAGGACUCUCUAUGGCAAUCAGAAAGGAUUGAAGCUGUUGUCGGCGAAGAUGUCCAAAGAGUUUGUAUUCUCCACGGUCCGGUUGCUGCUCAAUUCACUAAGAAUAUUGACGAACCUAUCAAGAGUAUUAUGGAUAGUAUUCAUGAUGGUCACAUUAAGAAGUUGAUCAACGAUUUCUACGGUGGCGACGAAUCUAAGAUUCCAGUAUAUGAAUACUUUGGUAAAGUUUCUAAAACUGUUCAAUACGAUAACUUUGUUGAAUCUAAUGGUGUUAUUGAAUACCACGCUUCUGAAGAUACUGAUCCUGAAACAUGGUUCAAUGUGUUAGCAGGUACUGAAAGAAACUGGAGAAAUGCCUUCUUCACAACAUCAAUUAUUGUGCAAGGGUCAAUGUACGAUAGAAAUCCUGCUAGAAAAGUUUUCAAACCAUGCAAGGGUAUGGUUGUCAGGGUCACCGACAAGGAUGAUGCUUUGAAGACGACAUUGACCCUUUUGGAACCUGUUCAAGGUACUACCAAGCCCACUGCAACCUUGAAGUUAAUUGGCGAAAACUUGAUUGAAUUGCGUUUGAUUGAGAAUAGAACUCUUGAUGGCAAUCCUGUUUCCGUGCCAUUCAUAUAUAAUUACAAUGUGGAUGACGGGUUUGCACCAAUUGUUGAGCAAAUGGAAGGCCGUAAUAAGGCCAUUAAGGAACUUUACUGGAAGUUGUGGUUGAAGGAGCCUAUGAACUUGGACUUCGACCCAAGAUCUGUGAUCAAGGGUGGCGAAUUCAAAAUUACUGCUAAAGAUAUUGCUGAGUUUACGCACGCCAUUGGUAACAAUUGUGAGGAUUUCGUUAAAGGUAGAGGUAAUGUCUUAUUUGCUCCAAUGGAUUUCGCUAUUGUUGUUGGCUGGCAAGUGUUGAUUAAGGCGAUUUUCCCUAACGCUAUCGACGGUGAUUUGUUGAAAUUAGUGCACUUAUCAAACUCUUACAGAAUGAUACCUGGUGCCUCACCAUUGCAGGAAAACGAUGUGGUUAGCUCUUCUGCUCUAAUUAAAUCUUGUAUCAUCCAGGACAACGGUAAAAUUGUCGAAGUUGUUGGUACUGUUUGGAGAGAAGGUAAGCCAGUUAUAGAGGUUACCUCCAGUUUCUUCUACCGCGGUAACUAUUCGGACUAUGAAAAGACUUUCAAGAGACAAAAGGAGCCAACUUACAUUGUUCAUGUCGCUAGCCAAAAGGAUGUCGCUGUUUUGAAAUCUAAAGACUGGUUCCAUCUAGAUGAUGAAGAGAUUGACUUAUUGGGUAGAACCUUGACUUUCGAAACAGAAAGUGAGGUUACCUUUAAGGACCAAAAUGUGUACUCAUUUAUUAAGUGUGAAGGUAAGGUCAUGAUGGAGCUGUCUACAAGAGAAGUUGUUCCAAUCGGUGUUGUUGCUUACGAGGCUGGUAAAUCUCACGGUAACCCCGUUAUUGACUAUUUGUCAAGAAAUGGUUCAACAUUGGAAUACAAGGUUAACUUGGAAAACCCUAUCCCAAUUGCCGUCGUUGAGUCUCUUGCACCAGGUACAAACGAGCCAUACGCUAGAGUUUCUGGCGAUUUGAACCCUAUCCAUGUUUCUCGUCACUUCGCUAAUUACGCUGACUUAGAGGGAACCAUUACUCAUGGUAUGUACACUUCGGCUACUGUAAGAGCUAUGGUUGAAACUUGGGCUGCUGAUAACAUUUCUUCCAGAGUUCGCGCAUACAGUUGUAACUUUGUCGGUAUGGUUCUACCAAAUACUCCUCUAAAGACUAGUAUUGAACAUGUCAGUAUGAUCAACGGUCGUAAACUGAUUAAGUUCGAAACUAGAGACGAUAAGGAUAAUGUUGUCUUAACUGGUGAGGCUGAAGUACAACAACCUGUCUCUACCUUUGUUUUCACUGGUCAAGGUUCUCAAGAACAAGGUAUGGGUAUGGACUUAUACCAAAAGUCUUCAAUUGCUAGGGUUGUUUGGGACAGAGCUGAUACUCAUUUCAAGGAAAACUACGGUUUCUCCAUCUUGGAUAUCGUCAGAAACAACCCUAAGGAGUUGACUGUUCACUUUGGUGGUGAGAAGGGUAGAGCUAUUAGAGAAAACUAUACGUCAAUGAUAUUUGAAACUGUGAUAGAUGGUAAACUAAGGACUGAAAAGAUUUUCAAAUCUAUUACCGAAGACAGUGUCUCUUACACUUUCAAGUCUGAUACAGGUUUGUUAUCAGCCACUCAAUUUACCCAACCAGCUUUGACCUUGAUGGAAAAAGCAUCCUUUGAAGACUUGAAACAUAAGGGAUUAAUUCCUGCAGAGGCUGCUUUUGCUGGUCACUCUCUCGGUGAAUAUGCUGCCUUAGCAUCUUUGGCAGAUGUGAUGUCAAUUGAAUCUUUGGUUGAAGUUGUCUUCUACAGAGGUAUGACUAUGCAAGUUGCAGUGCCAAGAGAUAGCGAAGGUAAAUCGAACUACGGUAUGGUAGCCGUUAACCCAAGCAGGAUUUUCUCUUCCGAUUCUCAAGAUGCAAUGUUGUUUAUUGUUGAUAGAGUUGGUAAGAGAACCAACUGGUUAAUCGAAAUUGUCAAUUACAAUGUCGAAAACCAACAAUAUGUUGCGGCUGGUGAUUUGAGAAGUUUGGACACUCUAAACAAUGUCUUGAACUUCAUCAAAGUCAAGAACAUUGAUAUUAUCAAAUUAAGAGAAACCAUGAGUAUGGAAGAGGUAACCAACCACUUAAACGAAAUUAUCGACGAAGUUGCCAAGGAGUCCCUAGCUAAGCCACAACCUAUUGAAUUGGAAAGAGGUUUCGCUUGUAUUCCUCUACGUGGUAUCUCUGUCCCAUUCCAUUCAUCAUAUUUAAGAAAUGGUGUUAAGCCAUUCAAGAACUUCUUGAAGAAGAGUGUUGUUAAGGAAAACAUUAAGGCUGAUAGGUUGGUCGGAAAGUACAUUCCAAACUUGACCGCCAAACCAUUCGAGAUUACUAAGGAAUACUUCCAAGAAGUUUACGACUUGACCGGAUCCGAGAAGAUAAAGGAGGUCUUGGACAACUGGGAAAAGUACCAAUCUUGA